AACAAGUGAAAAACCAAACUCAUUCGAUUGAUUCUGAGCUGCAGUUCAAAAUUUAUACCAUAAGAUUUGUUGUUUUAUUCUACAAGAAAGCUGCACUUUAUUUACCCAAAUUUCAUUCAAAUUUGAACGUAUGUGUUUCGAAAUUUCAUCUUCUAAAUUUUGAAUCAUAAAAGAUGUCAUCGUCGAUGUUGACGCCGGCGCAGAGGUACGCCGCCGGAGCUUUAUUCGGUCUGGCCCUGCACCAGGCCCAGAUCCACCAGACCCGUCCAUUGGGCUCUCCCUCUGACGACGAUCCAACCGGUGAGCGCACCAGCAGUGGUAGCAGUAGCGAUUCAGUUUCCGAGGACCCUCAGCUUUGGGUACACGAGUCCUCCGGUCUCCUCCGCCCCGUGUUCAGGUUUCUAGAGGUAGACAGUAAAGCAUGGACUGGACUUGAGGAAACUGCAGGGUAUUCUCCAGCAAAGCAUCAUGUCGGAGCUUUCUUACGGUUACUCGCAGAAGAAAGUGGUGAUAGUCCUUCAGAAGCACCAGAUAAGGAACGUGCCCUUGCAAAUGGUGUUGAUGCUAUGGCAUCAAGCAUGGAGAAAACUCAUGUUGACUAUAACUCUAAGAAGAAGAAGCACUGCGAGUAUGAGCAUGAAUGGCGGGAGAAAUUUUCCACUGCUGAGACACAAUCAAAGUCUGAAGUGGCAAAUGUACUUGCGGAAAAUCAGCAGGAGACAACACAUUCAAUGUCAGAAGUGGCAAAUGUGCUCCCUGAAAGUCGGCAGGAGACAAAGGGUAAUGCGGCUAGCAUUGGACAUGCAUCUGUUAAGUCACACAGUAAGCUUGAUGAAACCCCCCCUGAGGAGGUGUUGAAUCUGUUGAUGCUCAGUUACUCGAGGAAAGUGACAGUUCUAUAUGAGCUUCUUUCAGCUUGUCUGGCAAAUAUACCUGAACAUAAGAAGAAAUCUAAACAACAAAGGGCUGGCUAUGAUGCUCGACACCGUGUGGCUUUGCGGUUGCUGGCAACCUGGUUUGAUGUCAAUUGGAUUAAAAUGGAAGCCAUUGAGACCAUGGUUGCUUGUUCUGCAAUGGCAUUAUUAAAGGAGGCAGAAUCAAAGGAGGAAAAUCAAUCAGAGCAAAGCUCAUGGGCUAAGUGGAAACGCGGAGGUAUCAUAGGUGCAGCUGCAUUAACUGGAGGAACCUUGAUGGCAAUUACUGGGGGUUUAGCUGCUCCAGCAAUUGCCGCAGGAUUCAGUGCUUUGGCGCCUACGUUGGGAACUAUAAUCCCAGUUAUUGGAGCAGGCGGGUUUGCUGCUGUUGCAAGUGCUGCAGGAAGUGUUGCAGGUUCGGUUGCAGUGGCUGCAUCAUUUGGAGCUGCUGGAGCUGGGCUUACAGGGAGUAAAAUGGCCAGGAGAAUUGGAGAUGUUGAUGAAUUUGAGUUCAAAGCUAUAGGAGAAAACCAUAACCAAGGCCGGCUGGCAGUUGAAAUCUUGGUCUCAGGAUUUGUCUUUGAGGAGGAAGAUUUUUUAAGGCCUUGGGAAGGACAAAUUGACAACUCAGAAAGGUAUGCACUGCAGUGGGAGUCUAAACAUCUGAUUGCUGUUAGCACUGCAAUUCAGGAUUGGCUCACUUCAAAUCUUGCACUGGAAUUGAUGAAGCGAGGUGCGAUGAUGACUGUUUUAAGCUCACUUAUGGCAGCUUUGGCUUGGCCAGCAACAUUACUUGCAGCUACUGAUUUUAUCGAUAGCAAAUGGACAAUUGCUGUGAACAGAUCUGACAAGGCUGGAAAACUGCUUGCUGAAGUGUUACUCAAGGGACUACAAGGACACAGGCCUGUGACACUAGUAGGUUUCUCGCUUGGAGCACGAGUAAUUUUCGAGUGUCUCCAAUUUUUGGCUGAAACUCAAGAUCAUGCUGGACUUGUAGAAAGAGUGGUUCUUCUUGGGGCACCAGUUGCGAUUAAAGAUGAACACUGGGAAGCCGCUAGAAAGGUGGUGGCAGGGAGAUUUGUGAAUGCCUAUGCUACAAAUGAUUGGAUGCUUGGAGUUGCCUUCCGUGCUAAGUAUGCAUGACUUGAAAGUGCACUUCAUAAGAAUCUUAAACUGAUGCAGCGAAUGAUAUACACGUGAAUUUUAUAGGCAUAGAUAAAUAUAUGAUAUCCUUUGGAUUGACAUCAUAUUAUUUAACCCGCUUGGGUUACUUCAGUUGUGGAAUAAGGGCAAGGCAGAAACCUGCACAUCCUGAGUUCGAGUUUCCUUGACUGCAUAAAAGUUAGGUUUAACCAAUUCGCUUUGUUAGCGGAUGAUUGUGUGCAUCUGAAAUUUGCGUUGCAAUUAAAAGUUCAAAUGACAUGGUUGGGACAAUUCCUUGAUACAAAAAAAGGCAUUACAUCUUUCACUACCUGGUGAUUCUAUCAUCUAUUUUGUCAGACUGCAACUUGAGUGGGUUGAAAAUGCAUUUUGGGCAGUCCUGAGCCAAGCCUGCUGGUCUAGUGUGUCUUCGUGUUAAGUUAUGCAUAAGAUGUAUGGUAGCUAUGCUGUUAAAAUUUUAUGAUGUUUGUUAGUUUUUUUUGGGGGGGAAUGUUUAUGUGUUAGUUGAGUACGCACCUAAAGGGUUUGGCCACUAGCCUAACUAAAUAGAGCUUUCUAACUUUGACCAUAUUGCAGAUGAAAUUGAUUUAGUUUAGAAUUAAGAAUGCUUAUUCUACAUCAGGGGCCUAUUUUGUCUUUGGACCUUUGCUCCUAAACUCUGUAAAAUGAUAGCACAGUUUUUUAUCUAUUAGUGAGUCUCAGAAAUAUAAUUGAGGAUGUUCAAAGCACCUUUGACUUAUUGUUUGUGUUGCGACUGAAAAGUUUACUAUUGUACAGUCUCCUUACCCAAGGAUUAGCUGGAAUUCAACCAAUUGAAGUUCCUGGAAUUGAGAACGUUGAUGUGUCAGAAAUGAUUGAGGGCCACUCUUCUUAUCUGUGGGCUACCCAACGGAUUCUAGAACAACUUGAACUGGAUACCUACUAUCCUGUUUUCGAUAACACUCCUCUCAAACCUUAAAGCCUUGAGUUGGUUCUCUUCUCAAAGUUGCGGUAAGAUUGCUUUCGGUUCUUUGUUUGAAAUGGAAAUGUGACGCAAGUUAGAGAACUCUUAGUCUAGUCAUACAUAUUUGAUGUAAAUAGGUCCAGCUUUUGGAGCUUCUUGGCCAAGAUUUUCUUUCUCCAUUCUUUGUCUUUGUAAAAUAUUCUUGUUUCUAUUUUUUUAAAAAAAAUCUGUAUGAUCUUAAUCUUGAACAAAUGCUAAUGGAAAUUAAACAACUGUUGAAGAAUGAUAUUUCACUGU